UGCAUGCACACCGGCCCUCCAGGACUGGAGUUGCCCAUCCCUGUUAGUACGUCAAGCUCAUUUUCCACAAAUGGUUGCUUGUCAAGAACCAGAUAUUCACAUUUUCACCCACCGUUCAGUCUAAGGUUUAGCAAAUAUUCCGUAAACUUGAAUCUACCACUGAUUCAGUGUUGUGGUUCUUAUGCAAUUAUGUUCAUUUCCCCGAUGUGUAACUUGGGGGAUUUUAGACAGACGGACCGACUUCCUGUUAUUCAGUUGCAGUAUGGCUGCCUUCAGGAGGAGUAUAUUUUCUUUCGGUCUGUUGAGAAACACAGAGCAACUUCUGCGAAGCGGUAACAGCGCGGCGCGGCAGCGGUUGACUGGCUUCCCCGCGGCGGUUCGGAAGAACUGGAUUUCCCUGUGUACGGCUGGGGGGCUGUGUGCGGUUCCGUUCACGCAGAAACAGGGCGAGGGUCUCUCGCACGAGGCUUUGGUCCGUCGGGCGUCGUCUCUGGUCACCGACAGCGCCAAUACAUUCCUCUCCCAGACCACUCUGGCCCUGGUAGACUCACUCACUCAGUAUGUUAAGGCUGCACACAUGCUCGUGGCCUUGCAGAAGCGCUACGUGGCGUCCGUCACUCGGCUGAACCCCUCAGAGGAGCACGCCGUGUGGGAGGUCAUCAUUCGCCAGCGAGCUGAGGUAAGAGAAAAGCGUGAUGACUGCAAGCAAUUUGAGUCCACCUGGAUGAAGGCCAUCAACCUGUGUGAACUGGCAGCUGAGGCAGCAUACAACGCAGGAGCGGACCAGGCCUCAGUCACGGCCCGGUCCAGCCUGCAGGUGGCGCUGUCUCACGUGGAGCAGGCUCAGCAGCGCGCCCUGGAGGCUGACCGGCUGCUGGAGGAGUUCCGCGCGGAGAAGGCGGAGAGGACCGCCCACCUGGCCUCCGCACCUGCGGAGGAGGACGUUCCAGAAGCCUACCUGCGCGAGGACUGACCUCCUCCUCCUCCUCAUCCCCCUCCUCCUCUCCAUCCUCCUCCUCUUCCUCCUCCCCCUACCCCAGAGGAGAUCUCUCGCACUGAUAAUCCCCGAAAAAACCCCCUUUACACUCCCGUACACUGGACCCACUCAGUCUCCUCUGUCCCAGCACACCCUCACCUGGGUUCCAAUAGCAUUUAUAAUAAUAUUUUUUAUCUAAAGCAACUUACAGUUGAUUGGACUAAACGCUGGGGACAAUCCCCCCUGGAGCAAUGUGGGGGUUAAGGGCCUUGCUUAAGGGCCUAACAGCUGUGCUGAUCUUAUCGUGGCUACACUAGGGCUUGAACCACCAACCUUCUGGGUCCCAUAUUUACUUUGGUUCAAAUACUUUUCUGUGCUCUAUUGAUCUUGCCUGGCGCAAUUGAGCCUGCAAACAGGAGCUAUACAGGGUUUAUACUUUUUGGGAUGAUUUAUCUUCAUCCGUUUCAAUGCACCAGGCAAGCUUAGCUCAAAUGCAGAAAAGUAUUUGAAUCCCUCACAAAUACUAUUUGAACUCAGGUCUGUAUGGCACUACUGUUCACUCUACCUUCUUGGAGAGCUACCUGGGAAAUCUGCCAGGUUUUUGUCUUGGAAUCGGCAACCAAUUCAGACCCGAGAAUGUGUGUGUGUGUGUAUGUGUAUGUGUAUGUGUCUGUGUGUGUGUGUGUGUGUGUGUGUGUGUAUGUGUGUCGACUGCUAUAACCCUUUGAAGAAUAGAAUUAUAUUUUUCUGGAAUCUUCAGUGUUCUAGAACUCCACUGACUUCAGUCACCAGUAGUGAUCAGCAUUAGAAUUUAGAAGUUAAGAGCAUUCUAAUCACACAGUUGUGAUCUCAGGACUUGAGGGGUUAAUUUAUCAGUUCGUUGGUGCGUAACGAAACCCAGCAAACGCCCCAGCUCUCCGAGAGUUAGAGUGAGUAUCUGUGACCUUUACCCUCACGCCACCCCACACACUCACCCCUGUAACUGCCCUUGGUGGCCACUGGUGACACCACAGCUGAAAAGGUUGCCUUUUUAGAGGCUUUAAACAUGGCAAUCCACAGCUCAGCCACUCUACAUUCACACAGAUCAGGGUCUUCAUCUGAUUUUGUCCCAUUGCAGCGCCAUGCAAAAUGAGGAGCACACUCAACUUCAUGUUUUUGUUUUUUUUUGUUUCUUUUGUUUGUUUUUUUUUCGUUUUGGGAGGAAGUUUGUCUUUAUACCAGAGGGUUAAUUGGGAAAUUGAGACGUCACAGUCUGACUGUGCGUCGUGCACGUGCCUGUGAGUCUUUGUAUGUGCCUGUGAGUGUAUGUCUGUUUUUGCAUGUAAUGGUAUGAGCCUUAGUUUGUUUAUGUAAAUGCAGAAAUGCUAAAUAAUUAAAGACGUUUUGCGUCUUUUUCCGUU